UGUUUGAUUCUUCCUCACACUAGCUAAAGGAGGCGCUUCCAUUCCACACUCUGUUACUUCGUCCUCUCGGCUUCUCGACCUGUGCUGGGGAGGGUGACAGUGCUGUCAGUGCGGCAGCAUGGGUGCCCUGUGCCUGCUCGCGCUCGCCGUGAUGCUCGCCACGGCGGCGGAAACCGAAGCCGGGGUGACGAGCUGGUACCGGCGGAAGCUGGUAGCCACCGCCGACAUGCCGCUCGACGCCGACGUCUUCCGCAUGCCGCCCGGCUACAAUGCUCCACAACAGGUGCACAUCACGCUGGGUGACCAGACGGGCACCGCCAUGACGGUAUCAUGGGUGACGGCGAACGAGCUGGGCAACGGCACCGUGAAGUACGGCCGCUCGCCGGAGAAGAUGGAGAUGUCGGCGGAGGGCACGCACACGCGCUACGACUACUUCAACUACACCUCCGGGUUCAUCCACCACUGCACCCUCAAGAACCUCAAGCAUGGUGUCAAGUACUACUACGCGAUGGGGUUCGGGCACACGGUGAGGACCUUCUGGUUCACCACACCUCCCAAGCCAGGCCCUGAUGUGCCCUUCAAGUUUGGACUCAUCGGUGACUUGGGUCAGACGUUCGACUCGAAUAGCACGUUGUCACACUACGAGGCCAACGGUGGCGACGCCGUGCUCUUCGUCGGUGACCUCUCCUACGCCGACACCUACCCGCUCCACGACAACAACCGCUGGGACACCUGGGCUCGCUUCGUCGAGCGCAGCGUCGCCUACCAGCCAUGGCUCUGGACUACCGGCAACCAUGAGCUGGACUACGCACCGGAGAUCGGCGAGACGACCCCCUUCAAGCCCUUCACCCACCGCUACCCAACGCCAUUCCUGGCCGCCGGCAGCACGGAGCCCUUCUGGUACUCCGUCAAGAUCGCCUCGGCGCAUGUCAUCGUGCUCUCCUCCUACUCCGCCUACGGCAAGUACACGCCGCAAUGGAAAUGGCUCGAAGACGAACUGGGUCGCGUCGACAGGAAGACGACCCCGUGGCUCAUCGUGCUCAUGCACUCGCCAUGGUACAACAGCAACAACUACCACUACAUGGAGGGGGAGACGAUGCGGGUGCAGUUCGAGCAAUGGCUCGUCGACGCCAAGGUCGACCUCGUGCUCGCCGGACAUGUCCACUCCUACGAACGCAGCCGGCGGUUCUCGAACAUCCAGUAUGACAUCAUCAAUAACAAGGCUACGCCGGUGCACAACCUGGACGCGCCGGUUUACGUGAACAUCGGCGACGGAGGCAAUAUCGAAGGCAUCGCUGACAACUUCACGAAGCCUCAGCCGGGGUACUCGGCGUUCAGAGAGGCGAGCUUUGGGCACGGGACGCUGGCGAUCAAGAACCGCACGCACGCCUACUACGAGUGGCACCGUAACCAUGAUGGCGCCAAGGCCGUGGCCGACUCCUUGUGGCUCACCAACAGAUUUUGGAUGCCCACCCACGACGACUCAAACUGAUCCAUCAUCUCACAUGGAUGAAUUGUUUUCAAUGGAUAUCGCUUUUUGGACAAAAGAAAAUAUCCAGCUGCAACAAAUGCCAAAUGGCAUAGAUCCAGAAGUUCUUCCAGCAAACUGUUAUAGUUACCGUGAAUCUUUCUUGACACAUAGCAAACCAGUCAUGUUGUGCGGGGUCACUGAAGCUUUUUUCUUUCCAAAAAAGAGUUGUAGCCCUCACCUGUUCUGUAUCUCGAUGCAAAAGCAGAGCACCUGUAUUUUAGUUCAAAAUAAUAAACAAGCUUGAGAGGCUCAAGCCAUAGAUUGCA